UUGAACAACAUACUUCCGCAUCUACAGUCUGUUUUUGUUUGGAUUUCUUUUGGUGGAGAGCUCUGCAAUCCAAAACCUACAUUUUCGGAAACGUCGCAUCGAUCUACGACAGGCACUAUGGCUUCAGAUUCUCCUCGCAGACUGAGUCGCUGUGCUGGAGGGGGAGUGGUGAGAGCACAAGCUGCAACGGAGCAGUCUUACAUGGAAAGUGUCGUGACUUUCUUGCAAGAUGUUGUCCCUCAGACUUACUCCGGGGGUCUGCAACCUGAUGAAAAGGAGAAAGUCAUUUGGGUCCGUUUUGAGAAGGCUGACAUAAAUGACUCUGCCCGCAACCUGGAGUUUAUGGAGAUGCACAGUGGCACGACUGAUCCUCCUCUCUGUCUCAUGAUUGGUUAUGCCGAUGGGAUGCAGAUUUGGAGUGUAUCUAUGGCAGGGGAGGCCCAAGAGCUGUUCUCAGUGCGUCAUGGCCCAGUGAAAACUGCUCGCAUUUUACCAGCUCCACAUAUCAGUCCUCUGAAGGUGGACGUUUUUUCUGACAAGAGACCUUUGCUCGGAGUUUGCAAGAGCACAGGAUCCUCAGGAACCAGCCCUCCUUACUGUUGUGCUGACCUGUAUUCACUCAGGACAGGGGAACUAGUCAAAUCAAUUCAGUUCAAGACCCAGAUUUAUGAUCUUCACUGUAACGAGCAUAUUCUAGCCAUCAGCCUGCAAGAGAAGAUUGCUGCGUUUGACAGCUGCAACUUAACCAAGACAUUUUUUGUUACAAGUUGCUAUCCAUGUCCUGGACCAAAUCUCAAUCCAGUAGCACUGGGAAAUCGCUGGCUAGCUUAUGCUGAGAACAAGUUAAUCAGAUGUCACCAGUCUCGAGGAGGAGCUUGUGAUGAUAAUGCACAAUCUUAUACGGCAACAGUGAUCAAUGCUGCUAAGACUCUGAAGACAGGUCUCAGCAUGGUUGGGAAGGUUGUGACCCAGUUGACUGGUAGUCUCCCAGCAUGUACUUCAGAAGAAGAAGGGUCCCCUCACAACAUGAGUCGUCGUAGCAUCCAUAACGCUGGUGUGGUCACAGUCAUUGACAGUGAUAAAGUUGGCGAGGGACAGGUCCUGGUGAGCGAGGACUCAGAAACCGAAGGAUUGGUGGCUCAUUUUCCAGCUCAUGACAAACCCAUAUCCUGCAUGCAGUUCAAUCCCAGUGGAAUGCUGCUCUUGACUGCUGACACGCUUGGCCAUGAUUUUCACAUCUUCCAGAUCCUCACACACCCAUGGGCAUCUUCACAGAGUGCUGUUCACCAUCUAUAUACAUUACACCGUGGGGAGACUGAAGCAAGGGUCCAGGACAUGUGUUUCAGCCAGGACAGUCGUUGGGUGGCAAUCAGCACCCUUCGUGGUACUACCCAUGUAUUUCCAAUCAACCCCUAUGGCGGUGCUCCCUGUUCCCGGACACAUAUGUCUCCAAGGGUUGUCAACCGGAUGUCACGGUUCCAGAAGAGUGCUGGCUUGGAGGAAAUUGAGCAGGAGCUGAACAGAAUGUCAACAUGUGGAGGUUUAGGCGGAGGCAGUAUUGGAGGUGGUGUGUCUGUCCUCGGCGGAGCAGGAGUCAUCGGGGGCCGCUGUAGCCCAAUAUCUGGUCUUUCCAGUAGCCCAUCAGGGUCUCCGCAUCAUGCUAAGCUAAGCAGCCAAGAAUUGUACAACAACUUCACCAGUAACAACAUGGCAAAUCCACGAUUGUCUCCUUUGCCUAACCUUACCGUUGUCCUACCUCUGGCUCAGAUCAAACAACCGAUGUCCCUUGGCACUAUCACUAAACGCACUGGCAAAAGUAAGCCACCCCCUCAGAUGUCCCCGAGCAAGUCCAGUGGAGGGGAGUUCUGUAUCGCUGCCAUCUUCGCCUCUUCCCGAUCAUGGUUCAUCACAAACCCCAACAUCAAAAGAGAAAAAGAUCAGUCAAGGCAAAGCAUUGUCGACUCACUGUACAUCAUCAGUUGCUAUGGUAACUUGGUAGAGCAUGUUCUCGAACCUCGGCCAAUAAGCACUGCGCAAAAGAUAAGCGAUGACACUGCUUUGGAACUUUGUACUUCCCCGAGGGCAUGCUGGACUUUAGCAAGAACACUACAGUGGAAUGAGCUGCAGCCACCCUUCAACUCCAACCAUCCAUUAGUUUUUGCCUGCAAUAAAGUGCAAUACUUUCAGUCCCUUUUGGCAGGGAUGUACCCAGGGAGUCAAAGCAAACAUCAUGAGUCAUCAGAUCACAUUGGGCAGGAUGAUGAGGAGUGGCUCUCUCAGGUGGAGAUUGUGACACAUACAGGUCCGCAUCGUCGGCUGUGGAUGGGACCCCAAUUUCAGUUUAAGACUAUUCAUCCCUCAGGCCAGACUACAGUCAUCUCAUCUUCCUCCUCAGUUCUUCAGUCUCAGGGUCCAUCUGAUGCACAGCAGCCUCUCCUGGACUUUGACACAGAUGAUCUGGACCUACAUAGCCUGAGGAUGCAGCCAUUGCGUUCGGAUCCAGUCAGCAUGCCUGGGUCAUCAGGGUUGUUAGCUGAUCAUCAAGGACAACCUAACAGUAUGGAUGCAGGUCCAGGUUAUUCCUGAAAAUGAAGCUCUUCACUUCCAAUGAUCAUUUUGAUCUGUUGUGAUUUGUUUUUCAACCUAUUUAUUCUUUUCCAUCUUCACUGCAUGGACCCUCCCCUCUCUCACUCACUCCCCAAUCAUUGUUUGCCAUUGAUGUGAGCGAGCGAGAGAAGAGGAUGGGCAGCCAAGAGCAAAGAGAAGACGAUGAUCAACUUUACCAAUCAACCAAUUUGUUCGUCAUGUGUUGCCUGUUUCAAAUAUUAUGCGUAAGGAUAAAUGCCAUGAGCACUCAAUGUUGUUGUAGAGAAAUUGUUGUGUUGACUGAGAUUGAGUGUUGAAUCAGCUGGCCUGCUCUUUACGUUCCAAAUACAGUGGUACCUCUGCUUACACAAUUAAUUGGUUCUGGAAGAAAGUUCUUAAGUAGAACUAGAGACACAUUUUCAAUGUAAAUGCCCUAAUCCAGAGGUCCCCAACCUUUUUUGCCCCACGGACCGGUGUAUGUCAGACAAUAUUUUCAGGGACCAUCAUUUAAGGUGUGGCGGAUUAAUACAACAAAAUAAUAUUGUAUGAGCUGCAUGAAAACUAUGGUGUUUUCGAAAUAUAAUAAUAAACACAAGGAGUGUCUAAUAUGGCCGCAACACUCAUAUCGCUAUGGUAAUGUUUAAUGCCUUCAAAAUAUGAUACAACGCAAAUUCAAAGUGCAUGAAAACGCCAAUUCACCACAGACCCGAGCUUGAUUUUCUGCAACCAGACGGUCCCAUCUCAGGGUAAUAGGAGACAAUGACACCUCAAGUGUGUGGUUUAUGUCCAGUCUAUAUUUAUAUCUAUCGUCAUAUGCGAUCUCCAGCCCGUUUUUUUACUCAUUAUGCGUGCUCCAGCGUUUUGUUUUUGGCGUAAUCGGUCACGUGACUGAGAAGCGUGGCUUAACGUGAGUCAAGCGUGACACAGGCGGAUGUAACGGAGAAUCCGGUAAUUUUUCAAAAAUAAAACAUCUUUCGUAUUCCGAAAUAAAUAAAACGAAAUUAAGGCAAGUUCUUUCUGUACGGCCCGGUACCUAAUGCCCUGCAGACCAACCGGCGGGUGGGGAUCUCUGCCCUAAUCCAUUCCAAGCCCCCCCUCCCCCCAAUACAGAUAUAAAUGUUUUGUAAACCACAAAAAUGCAUAAAAGUAUUAAACAAAUACAUGUUACAAUUAAGAUUAUUAUUAUUAAGAAUAAAGAAUAAAAAUGAUGGACAUUUAAUUUUUAACUGUGUCCUCAUCGUUUUUUGCACUCUCAUGUUCUCUCUCAGAAGUGUAUUUUGCCUGGGGUUUUGUAAAGAACUGAUCGAAGGACGUUUGUGUUGUUGGCUUUUAACAAUCCUUCGUAAAUGUCUAAGGCAAACAUCAGCAUAGUCAGCGAUCGCCCGACUGGUGAAUACUUUUUCUGUGUGAUUCAAAUUUAGAUAAAACUAUCGGAACACCUCCUGGCCCGAGAGGUGAAUGACGAGGACUCUGAAUAGACACAUAUCUAUCUACACACUCAUAUGGUAGAGGUCCCUCUUAGCCAAUGGGAUGCCAGGAUGAUGCUCGAUAAUAGCCAAUGGCAGAGCAGCUAUAAGUAUUUUGCAAUCAGGAAACUCUGAGCUGUGAGUAGUAGACCAUGCUCUAUUUUUAUAUUCCAUAUCUUUAAAUAUCUUUCGUGACAAGAGGCAAUAUUUUCCUGUUGAGGCAUUUCGUAACUUGAAAAUUCAUAUGAAGAGACGUUCGCAAGUAGAGGUACCACUGUAUUUGAUUUCGUCUUCAGCAACCAAUUGAUUUAUCCCAAAAAAAGUGCAAUUUUUUAAUGAAUAUUUUUAUUAUUUCUUUUUAGCAAAACCUAACUUCAGUGAGAUAGGUGCUCAUGUUGUGGCUUGCAGGCAGAUGUAUAUCUAGCUCCUCUUGCUAGCAUUAAUACAAUUCCUCCAACCACGUCGUAUGAUGAAAACCUACAGCCAGAAAAAUUCAGCUCAACUCAACUUUAUUUCACGAGUACCUUAUCAAAUGCACCAGUAACAAAGUGUUCAGGAAACCAAAACAAAGUAAAACAUUUGAAGGUAUCUCGAGUUGGUUCUGUUUGAGACUCUGACUCUGAGGAAUGCAUAUGUGUAUGAUAAGACUAAAUGAAGACUAUUUCAAAUAGUCAGGACUAUAAGUUUGAUUACACGCACACACACGCACACACACACACACACACACACACACACACACACACACACACGCACAAGGUCUUAUAUUCUGCAUGCAUGAGUUCACUUUUUAUGGUCAGGCAGCAUCUCAUCCCGGGACAGAAAGAGACUGGAGCGACUGGUCAGGAAGGCCAGUUCUGUCCUGGGCUGCUCCCUUGACACUCUGGAGGAGGUGGGAAACAGAAGGAUGCUAACUAAGCUAAAAGCUAUGAUGGCCAGUCCCUCCCACCCCCUCCAGCCCGCCCUUGGUAGCUCCUUCAGCCAGAGACUGUUACACCCGCGCUGCAAGAAGGAGAGAUACCGACGCUCGUUCCUACCGACUGCUGUCAGGCUGUUGAAUAAAAAUAACAAUAAUAAUAAUAAUAAUUAAAUGAUGUGAUGUGUGUGAUGUGAAAAACAAUUGUAAAUAGCACUGCGAUUUAUCCAUUUUGUAUUUAUAUUGCACUUAAUUGAACGGUGCUUGUUUGUUUUUUCUUCUGUCUUCUUUCUACCCACAUUCUUGCUGCUGGAGGCUGUAAAUUUCCCCAGUGUGGGACAAAUAAAGGAUAUCUUAUCUUACUCACACUUAUUAUUGAUGCAUUAUAAUAAUAAUAAAAAUAAAUAAAUGAUAAUAAUACUAAACUUAAACCACCACUGCAACAAAUGUUAGAUUCGAAUUUGAUGUCAAUCGUGUUUUAACCUUUUCAAGGACACCAGUUACAGCAGUGGACAUCUUAUGUUAUCGGGUUACAGGUUAUCAUUAUUGGUGCAUGAAAGGGUUCAACAGAAUACAGUCACCCAGUAAGGGUAACAGUUUUUCCCAAGAUGAGCAAAAUACCAAUAUAACUUCAUACGAGGGUUGGGAAUUUCUUGCCACCUCAUGCUUUUCAUUCCAUGAUGAUUUAUAAGGCAUCACUGACAAAUUCUUUAUUGAUUCCUUUCCAAUGCAUCCUGAUGCAUAUCAGAUAUAUUUUAAUGAAGGACUGGGAGUCAUCCUGAGUACACGAUGGGCAUUUGAAUAUGAGUAAAAUCAUAUGAAUGACAUUCAGUAUAUCAUGUUCGGCUUUUGUGUAUUACGGCUUUGCUCACACAAAGAACCUCGACACACUCAACAACAUUUGGCCUUUAGGCGGAGAAUAAAACAUGUAUUAUACAUCGAGCUCAGUGUGAGAUGGUAAGGAGGGUAACAUUAAGGAGGAAGUGAACUCAUGCAUGCAGAAUAUCAGACUUCGUGCGUGUGUGUGUGUGUGUGUGUGUGUGUGUGUGUGUGUGUGUGAGAGAGAGAAAGAGAGAGAAAGAGAGAGAGAGAGAGAUGCACAUGUGGUUAUCCACUGUCUUCUCUGUUCAAAAGAAUGUGCAAAGUAGAUUAAAUUGACCAACAAAACAAUCUAAUGUCAACUCUUCACAGUGAAUCAUUCAAAUGCACUGCUUGUACUCGUCUAUAAAGGUGAGUGUCAUCCCAGAGCACAGGGGUGGCCAUUUAAUUUAGCAAGGGGACCAAAUGAGAAACUGGAAAACUUGAUUAGGGCCAAGCCAACGGGCCGACACCAGCUUUGUUGUAUAUUAUUUUUAAUGUGUUUAUCAAAAGUAUAUGAAAUAAAAUGAUCCAUAAGUAGAUAUUGUUUUAGUUAAUGAAAUAGAAAUGUAAGACUAAAUCUAUAUCUUCACACAUUAAAAAGGUGUUUUGUGCAACCGCCAAUUCAUUUAAGCCAUUCCUAGUCAGGACUCCCAAGUUGAAAGAUUAAUAAGAAGUCUAAUAUGAUUCACAGUGAUUGACAAUGAUCCACCAAAAUGAUACACAUCCUUUGGCCAUCUUCCCUAAACCACACUGGGAAUAAAAAUUUUUCGAACACUUGGUCAAACAAUGAACACUAUUUUCCUGCUUCGUGAACUUCUUGUUAUUUUGGGAACAAGUCUUCUGUUACUGCCUGCUGGGCAACUCUCCCAAUCAAUCUGGUUCAAUCUUUGCAUAAACUAGCAAAAAAUGUGAUGUAGAUGAGUUCAUUUUUAUUGCUGCCAUCAUGUGUGACAUCAGUGAAGGUUAAUGAGUCUGUCCCAGAAAGUCAUGGAGAACCCCAAGCCAUGACAUGAAUUCCACUGAGUUGCACAAAUAAGAUUGUGCAGUAUGUCUGGGCUCUCAAGUUCUCUUGGGAUUUAUAUUUUGCAUCUUCCGUUGCAGCCCCCCCACCCCCCUUGUUUAUGAAUUAUUCUGUGAACAGUAGCUUGUGAUAUGUUAACUGAUGUCCACUGGUUGUUGUUGGUGGUGUUAUAUUAACUACUGUCGUUUUUCUUGAUCUUUGUUUUUGUUUUGUUUUUUCUUUUUAGACUUUUCAAGUGGUUGUAUGGGCAAUGGCCAAUGAAAAUAGCUCAGACUGAUUUUCCAUCUCCUCUCAGCCUCUUUCUUACUCAUCGACAGCUCUCUGGUUUUCAUUUUUGCUACACAUCUAAUAGUAUACAUUGGCUAUAAAGUCCUGUUCAAAUGCU